UCGUCUUCCACUUGUGUUGUGGGGAAGCUUUGCUUCUGAUGUGAGUAAUGAGAUGCAGACCCGUCGUGAUGAAGCACUAAUUUGUGUGUUGAGAUUUGGGAAGAUAAAAGUAUGGAAAGGUACGUAUAUUUAAUGUCGUUUGUUUUGUAUACUGCUAUGUAUAUGGUUUAUCUUUUUUACUAAUUCCUGUCCAUCUUUGUGCAGAUGAACGUAGCAUUUCAAAUGCGUAUAAUGUUUCAGACGUCAGUUUGAAUCCAUACAUGACUGAGGUUGAAGAGUUUAAAUCUAAGUAAGUUAUAAAGGGAGUGUGAAUAUAUUAUAAUGAUAAUUCUUUCCAUGUCUUACAAAACUUUAUUUUGUAUUACUUUUGAUAGGUUACCAAAAGAUGAACUUUGUUUAGCUAUCGUGGAGUCCAAGCCAGUAGGCCAGGUUCUUGGUGUUUCGGACAAGGAUGAUUUUUUUGUUCACACCACCAGGAAGACCAUUGCUGAGUUGUCUGAAUCUAGACAGGUGGAGAAGUGUAUUGUCAUGUGCACAAUUGCAGCUAUUGAUUCUGAUAUGGGCUGGUACUAUUUGAGUUGCAAAGUCUGUUCAAAGAAGGUUGUGCAAGUGCCUAACGACACUCUUGAUGAUGGAGAAGAUGAAAACGAAUUGAUGUUCAAUUACUAUUGCAACAAAUGCAAAUGUUACAACCCUAAGCUUCUCCCAAGGUUGUACAUCUAUGAAUUCCUUUCGUAUAUUGUUUCUCUUUCCUUAUAUUUACUCUUGCAUUUUUUCAUAUGUAGGUACAAGUUGCAUUUGGUUGUGCUUGACAAUACUGGAAAUUCAAAAUUUUUCUUAUUUGACAACCUUGCAUUACAGUUGCUUCAUCAACCUUGCAUUGAGCUUACUGGACCUAUUAGUGAUGAGAUUCAUGGGCCAGAUGUUAUACCUCUUGAACUCCAAAACUUAGUGGGUAAGACGUACCUCUUUAAGAUUCAAAUUGAAAGAGAGAAUUAUGUCUACAAGCAUGAAACCUACAAAGUGUUGAAGAUUGUCACCAACCUUGAAAUGAUUUCUGAAUUUGAUCUGCCGGCGUCCCCUAAGGUAUUUCAACGGAUGUUACUUAUAAUGUUGUCGAUAUUGUCUUGUCUAAUGAUUAAAUAGUGUUUGAGUUACUUUUUUGUUUAUUUAGGUGCCAAGGCUUUGUUUAGCUCCAUCAACCUCUGCCCUUUCAGAAGCACCAGAGGUACGUGGGACCUGUAUCAGUAGGUUGGACCUGUAUCAGUAGGUUGUAUGCAGUUUUGUAUUUGUCAGUUAGAUAACCGUGGUUAAUUUUUUAUCAGGGAUCGCUCAUGUUAUCUGGUGGUUCAUCAGAGGAAGUUAAUCCAACUGAGCUAACUCCAUCUAAAAGGAGAGUGUCAACAGUUGUCAACUUGGAGGAAGAGUUUGAUCGGAAUUCGGUUACUAAAACUGCAUGCACUGUUCGAGUUAAGAAGGAGAAGAGUGAGAAAAGUGGCUAGGAGUAAUCACGUGGAAAAGUGUUAAGAGGCCUUCAGUUUUUUUUUUUAAUGUUUUGGUGUUUUUCCUUUUAUGGUUUUUUCUAUAAUUAAUGCGGUUUUUUGUUUUCAAAUUUUGUUUAUGGCAUAUGGUUGUUACCAUUAUUAUUAAUAGAAGGCCUUAGUUUUAUGAUAUUUUCGUGCUUUGACUCUGAUUUUACUUUUAUCAUUGUCGAUUGUUCUAAUAAAAGUUCAGGCCAUGACACACAAAAAAAACAUAUACACUCAUUUCUGGAUAUUUCAGUUAUUUGUCCAUUUAGGUUAAUAUAAGUUCACUAUAUUUUCUUAAACAACUAUUCGUGUUGUUGAAGUUGGAACUAACCUGAAAGUAAUUUGCAUAAGGAAGGACAAUAAUUCUUCUGUCCAUCAUUGUCUUUCCGCCAAAAAUUGCCCCUCUGAUAAGUACAUUUAAAUGGAGUUGUUAAAUCAAUAUGUUGACCAGAAGGUAAAGCACCCGUAUAUAUUUCAAGAUAUAAUGGAAUCUUUUAGUAAUGAGGUCACAUAUGACACACAGGAAACACAGACAAAAAGUCUUAUAUAUAAAUUGAGAAUUAUAUUAACAUCAGGUGUUUUUGAUGUGGAUGUGCACUGGAUACCUGAAAUACCAUAUCAUG